AUGGCGCCCUCACAGUCCCCCGAACCUGUCCUGGACCAUCACUCCUCGUCCGAAUCAGAGGCGGGCUCCGACACCGACAACGACGGCGGCGUCACCAUCCAGCCAUCAAACCAGGACCAGCGCGCCCCCAAGCGCAGACGCCUUUCCAACUCCUCCACCGAUUCCUACGUCGCCGCGCCCCUCCCGGCUCCCCUGCCUACACUCUCGCGCAUCAAACGCAAGGAGGACGUCGCCAAGGAAGCUGCAGCCAGAACCCCCGCCGACGAGAACCCGGUCCUCAUCAAGGAUGCCCUCGCCGCCGGGUUGGAGGACGCCCGCUCCUCGUUUACAGAUCUCAAGGUCGCGCCGUGGCUGGUCGGCUCGCUGACGACGAUGGCGGUACGUCGCCCGACGGCCAUUCAACGGGCGUGUAUCCCUGAGAUCCUGGCGGGACGGGACUGUAUCGGUGGGAGUCGCACGGGUUCCGGUAAGACGAUUGCGUUUGCCGUGCCGUUGUUGCAGAAGUGGGCGGAGGAUCCGUUUGGGAUUUUUGGAGUGGUGUUGACGCCGACGAGAGAACUCGCCCUCCAAAUCUACGAACAGAUUAAAGCCCUCUCCGCCCCGCAGAGCAUGAAACCCGUCCUCAUCACCGGCGGCACCGACAUGCGCUCGCAGGCGCUGGCCCUGUCGCAGAGCCCCCACGUCGUCAUCGCCACCCCGGGCCGUCUCGCCGACCACAUCCAAACUUCCGGAAAAGACACGGUGCGCGGACUCUCGCGCGUGCGCAUGGUGAUCCUCGACGAGGCGGACCGCUUAUUGUCGCCGGGGCCGGGCUCCAUGCUCCCGGACGUGGAAGUCUGCCUCAGCGCCGUCCCCAGCGCCGCAGAACGCCAGACCCUCCUCUUCACCGCGACGCUCACCCCGGAGGUCCGCGCUCUCCAAUCCAUGUCCUCUUCCUCCACAACAACAACAAACAAAGCGUCUCCCACCAAACCCCCCAUCUUUGUCACCGAAAUCGCCUCCGCCAACAAAUCCUCCAUCCCGCCCACCCUCCACCAAACCUACCUGCAAGUGCCGCUCACCCACCGCGAAGCCUUCCUGCACGUCCUGCUCAGCACAGACGGUAACGUCGCCAAGCCCGCCAUCAUCAUCUUCACCAACACAACCGCCACCGCCGACCUUUUGGAGCGCAUGCUCCGGCGCCUCGGCCACCGCGUCACCUCCCUGCACAGCCGCCUCCCGCAGAGCGAGCGCAACGCCAACCUCGCGCGCUUCCGCGCCGCCGCCGCCCGCAUCCUCGUCGCCACGGACGUCGCCUCGCGUGGUCUGGACAUCCCCGCCGUCGAGCUGGUCGUCAACUACGAUGUGCCGCGUAACCCGGAUGAUUAUGUCCACCGGGUUGGGCGCACGGCGCGUGCCGGCAGGAAGGGUGAGGCGGUCACGUUAGUCGGGCAGCGGGACGUCGGGUUGGUGCUGGCGAUCGAGGAGCGGGUGGGUCGGAAGAUGGUGGAGUGGGAAGAGGAGGGCGUGAGUGUGGAGACCAGGGUGGUUAGGGAUGGGGUGCUUAAGGUUGUUGGGGAGGCGAAGCGCGAGGCUGCGGGCGAGAUUGAUGAGGGAAGGGAUGUGUUGGGACGGAGGAGGAAUAAGUUGAAGAAGGUGCGGUAGGUUUUCCGCUGUUGUUGGUAGGGUUAUUGGUAUAAUAGUAGGAAGGGUUAGAGGGUGCAUUGUAUAUACUAGCGCGAUUGAAUAUGACGGUUUAUGUUUAUUGAC